UUUGGAUAUUCAGGUGGGUCCCACCUCAUGGGGGAUGGAUGACUCCAUGAUGGAGUCAGAUGGAGUUCAUAAAUUUCGGAGCAAAUGUUGAUAUUAAGCUCCAAAUUUCAGUUUCUUUCGCAGCUUCGCUUUUCACUUUCUUUCAGUUUCUGUUGCUCUCAUCCUUCAUCUUCUCCGCUCCGGCGCUCUCUCUCCUUUCAGCACUUUCAAAGAAUGGGCUCUCUCACGCAGGCCCCUAUCGAGCCCCUAAAGUACCCACCUGCUCGCCGGGACGAUACCGUCGCCGAUAACUAUCACGGCGUCGUCGUUCCAGACCCUUAUCGAUGGCUUGAAGACCCCGAUUCAGAUGAAACUAAGGAAUUUGUGGAUAAACAAGUAGAACUAACUGAUUCUGUACUCGCGAAAUGCGAUGCUAGAGAGAAGCUAAGGGAAAAACUUACCAAAUGGUAUGAUUAUCCCAAGUACGGGGUGCCAUUUAGAGCAGCAGAAAAGUAUUUUUACUUUUACAAUAGCGGGCUUCAACCACAGAAAGUCCUUUAUGUUCAGGAUACUCUGGAUGGGAAAGCAGAUAUUUUGCUUGAUCCCAAUGCUUUAAGCGAUGAUGGAACUGUUGCUCUGAGUAUUUGCUCUGUUAGCGAAGAUGCUAAGUACUUGGCAUAUGGCAUUAGUUCAAGCGGAAGUGAUUGGAUCACCAUCAGAAUUAUGCGGAUUGAGGAUAAGGUUGUUUUGCCCGAUACUAUUUCUUGGGUUAAGUUCUCAGAUGUAAGCUGGACUCAUGAUACCAAAGGUUUCUUCUAUAGCCGAUAUCCUGCUCCCAAGGAUGGAGAUAAUUUGGAUGCCGGGACAGAGACAAAUGCCAAUUUACACCAUGAACUGUAUUACCAUUUCUUGGGUUCAGAUCAAUCUGAAGAUAUCUUGUGCUGGCAAGAUUCAGAUAACCCAAAACACACACGUUCAGCUUUUGUAACUGAAGAUGGGAAGUAUGUAGUUCAAUCCAUUUUUGAGAACUGUGAUCCUGUAAACAAAGUUUAUUACUGUGACUUAUCUGCACUCCCCAAUGGGCUUGAGGGUUAUAAAGGAACAAAUGAGAAGCUCCCUUUUACCAAACUCAUUGAUACCUUUGAUGCCUCUUAUGAGUUUGUUGCCAAUGAUGCUACUGUAUUCACUUUUCGUACUAACAAGGAUGCUCCCAAGUAUAAAAUAGUUAGGUCAGAUAUUAAAGAAUACGGUUCUUGGUCUGAUGUGAUUGAAGAGGAUGAAAAAGAUGUGCUUGAAUCUGCUGUAGCUGUGAAUAAGAAUCAACUGGUCGUAAGCUAUUUGCGUGAUGUGAAACAUGUUUUACAGUUGAGGAAUAUAGAUACAGGUAUCCUGAAGCACCAUUUGCCAAUAGAUAUUGGAACAGUGUCUGGAAUUUCUGCUCGCCGCAAAGAUAGCAUAGUUUUUAUUGGCUUUACAAACUUCCUUAUCCCUGGGAUUAUUUAUCAGUGCAACCUUCAGAGUGAUGUUCCAGAAAUGAAAAUAUUCCGUGAAACAGUUGUCCCAGGCUUUGAUCGAUCAGAAUUCCAUGUCAAUCAGGUUUUUGUGCCUGGAAAAGAUGGUGUUUCUUUGCCUAUGUUUAUAGUAGCUGAAAAAGAUAUUUCUUUGGAUGGAUUGCACCCUUGUUUAUUGUAUGGAUAUGGUGGAUUUAACAUUAGUAUUACACCAUACUUUUCUGCUGCCCGUCUAGUGAUUGCGAAGAACUUAGGUGUUGUUUUCUGCAUAGCAAAUAUUCGCGGUGGUGGGGAAUACGGAGAAGAAUGGCAUAAAUCAGGUGCUCUUUCAAAAAAGCAGAACUGCUUUGAUGAUUUCAUUUCUGCUGCCGAGUAUCUUGUUGCUUCUGGUUACACCCAGCCUAGCAAGUUGUGUAUUGAAGGUGGAAGCAAUGGUGGGCUUCUCAUUGGAGCUUGCAUCAAUCAAAGACCUGAUCUUUUUGGAUGUGGCCUUGCACAUGUUGGUGUUAUGGACAUGCUUAGAUUUCACAAGUUUACAAUCGGCCAUGCAUGGACAUCUGAUUUUGGGUGUUCGGAUAAGGAGGAAGAGUUUAAUUGGCUGAUCAAGUACUCACCGCUACAUAAUGUCAGAAGACCAUGGGAAGAAACUCCCAGUAAAGCUUCACAAUACCCAUCAAUUAUGCUAUUGACAGCUGAUCAUGAUGAUAGGGUCGUGCCAUUACAUUCGUUGAAAUUGUUAGCGACCUUGCAAUAUGUUUUAUGUUCAAGCCUGGAGAAAAGCCCCCAGGUUAACCCCAUUAUCGGCCGGAUAGAACGUAAAGCUGGACAUGGAGCAGGACUUCCAACACAAAAAAUGAUUGAUGAAGCUGCAGACCGGUAUGCGUUCAUGGCUAAGGUGAUGGGUGCAACCUGGGUUGAAUAGAUGGAUGAUCUUCCUUCAAGUGAACAUAACAUUUCAGUGGAGGUCUCACAUGGUGACGAUGGGUGCAACCUGGGUUUUAAUAUUACAUGGUGACGAUGGGGAAAACAAAUCACCUAAACUAGCACAAUACACAGCCACCCUGGGGGUCUCACAAUUCUUUCAAGCCCACCCCAUGGACUAAAACAAAUACUAUGGGAAAACACCAAUGGUUUAGAAAUUGUUAGACCGUAGCUUGGUUCUUUAUGUUAAUUUUCCUAUGUACCAAAAAAUGAUGCUCUUCUAGUGAGUGACACUUUCACUGGGAUUGUGCAAAUAAGGAGAAACAUGACACGACUCUCUUUCACUAGUCUUUUUGUUGUCUUAUAAUUUUCAUCUCG